UCAGCGCUUUAUUGUCUACGUGUGUGUGUGUUGACCAACAUGGCGGAAUACCUGGGAUGGGAGGACUAUUUAACGAUUGGGAUCUAUUUCGUGCUAGUUAUUGGUGUCGGACUAUGGUCUACCUGUCGUUCUAACAAAGGGAGCGCACAUGGCUAUUUUUUGGCGGGAAAGAACAUGCACUGGAUACCAGUUGGGGCCUCCAUAUUCGCUAGUAACAUUGGAGCGCCGAUGUUUAUUGGAAUUGCAGGCUCCGCCGCUGCCUCAGGGAUUGCCGUCAUCAUUUACGAGUGGAUAGCAGUGUACUUCCUUGUUUUACUAGGAUGGAUAUUUGUACCGGUGUACACAUCAUGUGGGGCUUUUACAACACCGGGGUACCUGAGGAAAAGAUAUGGAGGAAAACGGAUAAGAAUCUACUCGUCCAUAUUUGCUCUUAUUGGAUUCGUUCUGUUCAAUAUAUCCAUUGAGAUUUACUCCGGCGGGGUGUUCCUGAAGCAAUUGUUAGGCUGGAACAUGUAUCUGUGUGUAGUCAUCAUUCUUUUUGUGACAGCGGUGUACACUAUUGUAGGUGGUCUGACGUCCGUUAUUUAUACCGAUACCCUUCAAACGGUGGUCCUGAUAUCCGGGUCUAUAGUGCUUUUUGUCCUGUCAUACUCUGAGGUUGGAGGUUGGGACGGGUUACAGGAUAAAUACAUGAAAGCCGCCGCUAAUGAAACAUUAAUAAAUGCAACCUUAUACGGUUGUGGUCUCCCUAGGGAGGACUCGUUUACCAUCCUACGGAGUCCACUGACGGGAGAUAUACCAUGGACAGGGUCGAUAUUUGGGUUAUCUACCCUUGGCUUGUACGUCUGGUGUCACGACCAGUUGAUUGUGCAAAGAUGUUUAGCAGCCAAGUCCAUAUCACACGCCAAGGCCGGCUCCUUAUUGGGUGCUUGCCUUAAGAUACUGCCCUUCUUUUUGUACCUCAUACCAGGAAUGGUUAGCAGAAUUUUAUACCCAGAGGAAGUAGCGUGUGCUGAUCCGGAAACGUGCAGUAGAGUUUGUGGUAAUCCUGCUGGCUGUUCCAAUAUGGCUUAUCCAUUGAUGGUAUUGCGAUUUCUCCCUUCGGGACUUCGUGGAUUGAUGUUGGCUGCCCUGAUCGCUGCUCUGAUGAGUUCAAUGACGUCUAUCCUAAAUAGUGCCAGUUCCAUAGUGACGUUGGAUAUCUGGUGCGUCGCACGAAAGAGGGCUUCAGAAAUGGAACUGAUGAUAGUGGGGAGGAUAACUGUGCUUGUGUUGGUAGCCACCAGCAUUUUGUGGUUGCCUAUCCUUGAGAAGGUCCAGGGUGGAAUGUUCUGGUUUUAUAUGCAGUCUAUCCGUUCCUAUCUAAUACCACCUUGGUGUAUUUUAUUUAUGCUUGGGGUUUUCUGGAAAAGGACUACAGAGGCGGGCGGAUUCUGGGGACUGAUUUUGAGUCUUGUAGUAGGGAUUGUUCGGAUGGUGUUGGACUUUACGUUUACUUCGCCUUUGUGUGGGAGUGGCAAGCCAGACGAACGACCUUCAGUGAUUGCUAACGUCGACUUCCUUCAUUUUGCAAUAAUUUUAGCUGUGUUUACAACUAUAUGUAUGGUAGUCAUUAGCCUUCAAACAGAGCCGCGUCCUGGCAGAAAGCUGAGACGAGUAACAUGGUGGACCCGUCACGACAAACAACUGCCAGAUCCUGACACUGACGAGGAAGAGGAGGAAGAAAGCCAGAACGAACCGAGAGAAAGGGGACGAAUGAUAGAUUCGAACCAGAUAGAAGAGGAAACAAUUGGCGAUAAUACGUUUGGAAUACAACUACCUGAAUCUGAAGCCACAGCUAACAGAUGUAAAACAGUCUGUAUGAAGUGGAUAUGUGGGACUACAGGAGAAAAUGCUAACCAAAGUGCCUGGGAAGCGGAGGACAUACGCAAACAACAAGAGAAAGAUCAGUCGCUAGACGAAAACCCUUUUUGGAGACGUGUUUUAAAUAUAUCUGCCGUGAUUAUUAUUAUCACCACAACAGUUCUUAUUGCAUAUUUCAAUUAAAUUUACAUUGACGAUA